AUGGUCUCCAGAUUUGCUACGCCACAUCCUUCAGGGUCUGAAGCCAGGGAACAGCCACAGUCCGACCCCGUGGGCACCACCAUCUGCCCCCUGACUCAUGUCAGCAUUCAGCUUCAAUGCGAAAAAAAAAAACAGACUUUUUUUUCUUUCUAUCAGGUGCAGACAUUGCUUCAGCAAAUGCAGGACAAAUUUCAAACCAUGUCUGACCAAAUCAUUGGAAGAAUUGAUGACAUGAGCUGUCGCAUAGAUGACCUGGAGAAAAACAUAGCAGACCUCAUGACACAAGCAGGAGUGGAAGAAUUAGAAGGCGAAAACAAGGCCCCUGCUACUAACAAGAGUUAAAGUUGCCAAUAACUUAAGAUGAAUGCUGGAACACUUUUUUUUUUUUUUUUUGUCUUUUUCCCAAACAAGCCCUUGAAAUUACAGAACAGCUUUUUGCAACUACAAUGUGUAAAAGCAUUUUUAUAUUGUUAUGGAGCUUGCAUUCCUGAUGUAUAGCUAGGGAUAGGUUAGUUUAUAUUGAGUUGUGUAAUGUUACUUCACUUUUUGAAUUCUUGUUAUGAGGAUCAAUUAGUUGUGUUAUUAAAAUACAGAUCUUAUGGAUCUCAACUACUGAGUGAAUUUUUUUGUGAAGUCACUUUUUUCCUCUGUUUCUUAUACUUUUUCUAGAUGUUUCAUUUUUGAUAGCUAAAAAACUAGUGACUUCCAUCAAGUGGAAAUCUUAACUUCUCCUAUGUAACUGUGUGGAGUGAAGCACAGGAUUGAAACUGAGCAUUAGUUUCAGGAUUGAAACUGAGCAUUAAAACUAAGCAUCAGUCACUGAAGUAGUAGAGGGUUCUAUAUUGUUUUCUAGUAACUGUAAUAAAGUGACUUUGCAAAAGUAAGGUGCUGAACAUCAAAAUCAUAUCUCAUACUCCUGGUAUUACCCUACCUGUAUAUUUGUAUAACACAGAACAGAAAUAUUGAUUUAACAUUAGAGACAUCUAUACACAGUUGAGCAAACACUGCCAUUCUAAUCUAUUAUAUUUAGAAAGACAAGGAACUACUAACUAUGACAAAUCUUGCUAUGGGACUUAAUUUUUUUAAUACUGUAAAACACUUUUGAAAAUGACAAUAUGUCUUUUAGCAGCAUUGCAUUUGAAGAAUAAUUGCCAUUAAAAUAGUGAUAUUCGACAAAAUGGAUGGGACUGAGGAAGUGUCUGUCCUGGUCUUUCAGUAUAAAUCAUUCACUGUUUGUACAAAACAAAGUUUGCUAACGAAGCAACGAUGUAUUUAUUGAUUAAGAAAAAUGGAGAGAAUGCAGUUAGAAUUGUAAAGCCUUGUUAGUCUGUGAGUAACACAUAGCUGGAACUCUGGAAAAUACUUGGUUUAGAAAGGUACUUGCUUUUAUAACUAUACCCAUGUGUAUAGACCUGAAGUUUAAUGGAUUACAUUAGAGUAUUUUGGAAAUCAAAAAUGUUUUCUUUAGAAGAGUCUUUACUAUGUUGCUAUUGUGAAGAAAAAUGACCAAUGUCUGAAUAAUACCGACAAUCAUUGCAGUGCUACUCCAGCCUGGAUUAUUAAUUUAAGAAAGCACUAGUGGCAGCUAGCAGUUAUACAUGGACUACACUUAAGACUAUUAUUUGCAUGCCACUGCAUUAGCACUGGUGUAUUACAGAGGCAAUAUGACGGGUCAUUUUUCAAAGGGGAAAUUGUAAUAAAAGCUCUUAAUGAAAGGGCAAUUUUGUGAACAUAGGAAAUGUAUGAGUAUACCUUGUAAUACCACCCUUAGGCUCCUUGUAAUGUCAUUUAAAAAAAUCUAAUAAACUAUUACGUGGUGACAUAAA